GAUCACAACUUUAAAACUCCUAAUAUGCUCGUCAGCUCUCGUACGUACGACCAUGGAUCCAAAAAAUGUUGAAGCAACUCCAGCUGCUGUGUUCACACGCUAGUCUAGGUUAAUCAGAGUUGAAUUAUUUUUUUUUAACUGCAUUGUCUGGAAUAAUACAGCUGUAUAAAGUAAACAACUAAGGCAUGAUCGAGGAAACACGGUAUGUUGUAGUGUUGUGUUUUAUGAUGGUACAGAUUUUUUAAGAUCUCCUUUUCGGGUCUUGGGAAGAAAACGAAAUUUAAGACCAACAAAUGUUGUUGUUGUUUUUUUCAAAAGAUUUUAUUCUGAUUCCUAUCAAUUUCAAUAUUCAAAGUAUAAUUUUGAGUGUUCUAACACAUUUACCAAAAGAAUGUGUUGUUUUUUAAUAAGUACCUCUAAAAGUCAGUCCGACAUGUUAUGACUCCUAGCUUAACUACGAUUUUCACUCUGUCUCAGAUAGACUGAGAUAGAUGCUUUGGAUUGCAGUCAGGGGCGGCCAAACGUUUGCUGGCGCCCGGGGCAAGCUUAUCUUUUGCGCCCCUUUUAAGUAUAGUAAUAAAACAUUUUGCAAGGCAAAAACUAAGGGUUAGGUCAUGAGUUUACUAUCUAGUUUGUUUUGUUUGUUGGUUUUUUUAACAAACAAUGAAGAAUACUUUUGUUUUUCUUAACUUGUAUUUGGACAGUAUAAAUAAUUAGCCUACCUAGGAUAUUUUUCUCCUAGUCUUUAGAUUAGCAAAUAUUUUAUUGCACUUUAUAUAUUUAUACUCUGUGCAAUAUCAUUUACUAGGGAUAAAAUUGCCUAAGAAUACUUCAUGCUUUUGUCAGCAGCAACUUUUGACACCACUUCCUAUGCACCAACGUACCACUUUUAUAUAGUGUGGCAGACAAACAUUUGGCAAUUAAAAUUAUUUGUUAUUAAAUGGCGCCCACGUGCAAGGCUUUUUUCAAAAAUAAAAAAAUUAUAAUUGUUUGUUUUACGAUUUUUCUUCUUCUAUAUUUUGAAGGCUCGCGAUCAACGUAUUGAUCAUUCUGGCUCCUAUGUAUGUAGAGAGGGUUCGCGAUGUAACUGUGCAUGGUUUUUAAAAUGGAUAUUCCACUGGUUGCAAGGGCUACUCAACGCUGGUAUUAUGUACUGGGAGCUAGAAGGCAGGAGGCAGUAGACGCAAAUGUGUCCAAUGUUGUCGCCACAACUGUUCCUUUUGGAAGCGUGUUCCAGCCCCUGAUUGUCUAUGGUAGAAAUGAGCAGUUCCCGUACUGUGUCCUUGCUGUUAUGUGCCAGAACUGCACGUCAUGGCCUCGCCGCGGUCUGUUAUAUAAUAGGAAAACAACGUAAACGGUUUUUUUAAUUUUUUGUUUAAUGAAGAUACACAUAGAGCAAAUUCGAUCAUUCAAAAUAUAUGUAAAAAUGGGGUAUACAUUUUUUUGGCGUAAGUUUAAAUUCAUGUUUUAAAAUUUUUAAAAGAAAAUGGAGUUCAGGGGCCAAAAAUAGCAGAUAAGUACUUCUCAAAACUAAAUGAUGUUGGAAACGUAAACAUCAUUACAGUAAACUUCUUUUUUUUUUUUUUCCUUUUUUUUUUUUUUUUUUUUAAUUUUGUUUGUUUUUUUUUAUUGGGGGUAAAAAAUUUUUUUUUUUUUAUUUCCUGCUAUUUUUUUAUUUUUUUUUUUUUUUUUUUUUUUUUUUUUUUUUUUUUUGAUGAAUUCUGAUGAGUUUUUGCUAUAGCAGGUAGAAAAUAUUUUUUUUUUAAGUGCCUGCCAUUAUUAUCGCGGUUAUUAUAAUCGGGUCACGUGGUCUAGUAUUGAACGUUUCAAUGGCACUCACCAAAGAAACAAAAGCCACUCUUCAUUUUAGCCGUCAAGCUUCCUCUAAGAAGUUUUCACGCUUUUUCCGCGCUUCAAAAUGCCCCCCUCGCCCCGUUCAAAUUUUUAUUCCGAUGCUCCUUGCCCUUUUUUUUUUUGUACAACAAGCCCAUGAAAAAGCAAAAACAUACACAAUAAUCCACAUCAAUCCUACGAAACAAAUGGGCAAUUAAUACGGAGAUAUCGCCAAUUUUUUUUUUUACUGUUAAAAGAAAUAAUGAUUUCGAUUUCAGCACAAUAAUCAAACUUUAUUGAAAGAUAGAGGGGCUGACAUCAUUUGGUGAUUAUCCACCAUUAAAUAAAUGGUGUGAGAACUAAAAUGUAUUAAGUCUUGUCCGGUGCGCAUUAUUCGCAAAAAUAAAAUAGCGCCUGUUAAAGCGCAGUGAGAGAACUCAUAAAACGAUAUGUCGAAAAGCAAACGGAAAAUAACCUCAAGAAAAGAGAAAAAAAAAAUAUUUUUUAUGUUUCGGACUUUGGUCAUUUUAGACCACUUAGACUGUAAGAGUAAUAAGAGGAAUCAACGCGCAAAGUUUUUACUCCAUAUCGCUGUUUGUUCUUAAGAUUUCGUGAUCAGUGAGUCAGUGAGUGAAUGGCAUAUGGCUUAUAUUUAUUUUUUUUCCUAAAAGCAGUAAGUUAUAAGAAUCUCACCAUUAAAAAGUAUAGAAAAAAACUAGUUCACUAAAUAGAGCAACCAUUACAAGGCAUAAACCUUUUUUUUAAAAAAACAAUGAAACAAAUCAUUAUUAAUUUUUUUUUAAAAUCGACAUUUGGUCAUUUACGGCAACUUAAAAGCUGAUUAUUUUAAUUAAACACGUCAGUGCACGCUUAUAGUUAAAGAGGAAUUACCAUGGAAAUGUUGAGCUUGAUAGGGCUUAUUGCUCUUGAGAUCUCGUAAUCAGUCAGCCAGUCAGUGGUAUUUCGCUUUUAUAAACAUAGGGUUGUUUUUUUUAAUUAUGAUGCAAAUUUAUAGUCUUUGAUCAUUGUAAUUUAUAGUCUUUGAUCAUUGUAAUUUAUAGUCUUUGAUCAUUGUAAUUUAUAGUCUUUGAUCAUUGUAAUUUAUAGUCUUUGAUCAUUGUAAUUUAUAGUCUUUGAUCUUUGUAAUUUAUAGUCUUUGAUCAUUGUCUCAAGUGUACAUUUUCUUAAAACAUUUCUUUUUAGAAUAUAAUUUAAAUCUCAUGCAAUUAUGUCAAAUUUUAUUCUGUCUCUUACAGAAAAAUGAUCCAUUGGCUAACACUGUCCCUUUGCCUUCCGGCCUUGACCAUCUGUCAACCGCUUGACCUCAACGCAGCUGCUGCAAUCUCCUUCAAGAAUUUUGAUGCUGACGGGGACAGAAACCUCGAAAAGCCGGAGAUCAGCCAGUACUUUUCGGUUGGUUGGCAACUGCAUUCGUUUCAUUACCAUACUGAGCCUUGCAUUUGUGCUGCAUUUGUGUCAUUAAUAUUUUGAUCCUUGCUUUAAGGAUGCAUCUGUUUCAUUACUAUACUGACUGAGCCUUGCAUUUAUGCUGGGACUUAACUUGACCUUUUUAAAAAAUAAAAAAAACAGUUUCUUGCAUUUGUAUUAUUGUGAUAAGUGUUCCUGUUUGACUCUAUCGUGUGAGGCACCACAUGGCUUUCGGGCUGUUCAUGACAUCACCACUUCCCCUACAUACUGGUUAUGGUGAGAUUAAAUUGCUUACAUGAGUUUUUCAACACAACAUUGCUACUUUUAAAGAAACUACUGCUAUAAACAUAACGUGGGCAAAGACAACAACUUGGCUCGCACGCUGUUUAUGUAACAGAUUCUUUGUAAUUCUUCUACUUAAUAACUGUUAGUUUCACAAAAAAACACUCCUUCCAGCAUGUUUAUUACACCUAACAAUACUUUGCUUACAGACAGUUUAUGACUCCAACAAAGAUGGAAGAGUGUCCAAGCAGGAGUACACCAGCACAGUAGAGGCGAGGUACGCCAGCAGCCCAGAGCUGGUCAAUGUGCUCAAAAAUCUGUUUUCUUACGUGGACUUCAACAACGACAACCACCUGGACGCACCAGACUACGACAAUCUUUUCACCACAGCUGACGCCGACAAGAACGGGCUAAUCACUCAACAGGAGUUUGCCAAGUGAGUGCGGUAACUCUCCUAACUUGAAAUCGUAUCAAGAAAAUGAUGUGAAUUCCUUCUGUAAAGGGAACAAUCAUACGUUUUACGAAAACGUAUAGGCCCCUUCAGAUCUAUACGAAAGCAUAUCCAGAAAUUUGAUCGAAUGAAAUUUCGUCGACGAAAAUUUGAUCGAACGGAAGUUUGGUCAAAAAAAAUUUUUUUUUUUUCAGUUUAGACGUUCAAAAUUUGCUUUACAAUUAUUUUUGAACGCAUUUUUUUGUUUUUUCUUUAUAGUAUAGUGGGUUCAAAAUAAAAUUAGUCGUAAAUUUUAACAUGUGAGCUGAAAAAAAGGAUCGACCAAAUUUCCGUUCGAUCAAAUUUCCGUCGAUCAAUUUUCCGCCUACAAAAUUUCUUUCGAUCAAAUUUACGAUAACCAUACGAAAGACAUGUCAACUAGUGUUUUCUGCAGCUAAUGGAGACGUUCCUUUAAAUAAGUAUAAUAUAAAAUAAUCGCUUGCCAUUCUAAAAACGCCUACUUCAAAGCAUGAGGAACUCCCUGGGUUAAACAAUCAGCUACCAAGGUUGGACAGUAACAGUCAAUUUGGCCUGGCGAUUCUUUAAAUCUCGACAGAUGAUGAUAUGCUGAAUAAAACUAUUUUCAACUGGUUUUUUUUGUUUUUUUUUUAUAAAUGACUGUCUUGUUAUUUUGGUGACAUAAUCAGUUUCCCCGUGAUGACAACAACAAAAAAAAAAAGUAAGUGGAAGAAGAGAGUUUAAAAAUUCCUUACUUUUUAAAAAGAUUUCAUACAGCAGAAAGGGAAGAGAGAUAUUUUAUGGUGAAUUACCUCAAAAGUUAUAAGACAAGAAAAUGGACUUAAAAUAGUGAAGAAUGAUACAAAUAAAACUUGAUUCAUUCCAGUACAGUCUGUGUAUUUGUGAAAGGUAGAUAACCGAGCUAAGGAGCAAGACGUCAGUCGACAAGAGAUACUGAGAUCUGGAUCAUAAGGGGGAAAGAAAUGAGAAUGGACGAUGGCGUUAACGGUGUGCCGUAAAGAAAUUGUGGAAAAAGUAAACUCCAGAAUCAAAUGUUACUGUGACGUCUUUUCUAAAACCAAAAUAGAUGCAGAAACGGAACUUGAAAUGCCCGUCAAAUGGAUCACGACAAAGAUAGAGAGAUGUUGCACGUAGUGAAUUAUGCUGGAAUGAGUGGCUCUGGGCAUAGGAGAAUGACAAAAUAUCGUAAAUAGCUCUUCCAUACCGACAUCUUAAAUAGCUUAGUGCUCACAAUGCCAUAGCUUUUAAGAGGUAGACUCAAAUACGUAUGAAAUAACAUACCCAUUUACACGAUUCAUUGAACAGUCAUUGUGGUCAUUAUUAUGUCUCCUCGUCUGAAGAUAAGAUAAGGUUAGAUAAGAUAAGCUAGAUAAGAUAAGUGGUAAGUCCGUAAGAAUGAGUUUUUCUCGACAAUACAUUUGUACACCUAGGAAGCACAUUCAAUUCGAAUUCAUCAUCUGGUCCCAAAAUUAGUCAAACAUAUGGCGCAGCAGGAAACACAAUCACAAGCUUAAAAUUCAAAGAGCAGACAGCAAAUUACCAAAUGAGCAAGCACCAACGGUCUUGCUACCACGUCACACAAACAGUUAUCUCUACCACAAUACGUCACAAGCGUUAUGGCGACAAGAGACAUCCAUGAAGGAAACACUGUACGUUAAGACGCACCUCACACAAUACAACACGACACAUGUUGCGAAACAAUGACAUGACAAUAUCCAUACUCGAAUAUAAGAUGUUUUAUUAAUCCAAAUAAUUGGACAUUUAUCUGGAUAAAUUGCACGUAUAUUUUGUUUUUUCCGUCUUGUGAGUCUUUCUUUUGAGCUUUUGUGUUUUUUUUUUAAAUUGCAGAUAUUACCAGGAUGGCGUCGCAGCAGGUCGCUAGAGGAAUGUUCGGAUAAAGAAUCUGCAAAACAUCAUGAAAUAAACUCAGUUUUGACCUGAAAUAAACUCAGUUUUGACCUGAAAUAAACUUAGUUUUGACCUGAAAUGAACUCAGUUUUGACCUCAAAUAAACUCAGCUUUCACCUGAAAUAAACUCAGUUUUGACCUGAAAUAAACUUAGUUUUGACCUGAAAUAAACUUAGUUUUGACCUGAAAUAAACUCAGUUUUGACCUGAAAUGAACUCAGUUUUGACCUGAAAUAAACUCAGUUUUGACCUGAAAUAAACUCAGUUUGGACUUGAAAUAAACUCAGUUUUGACCUGAAAUAAACUCAGUUUUGACCUGAAAUAAACUAAGUUUUGACCUGAGUAAAAACUCAGUUUUGACCUGAAAUAAACUCAGUUUUGACCUGAAAUAAACUCAGUUUUGACCUGAAAUGAACUCAGUUUUGACCUGAAAUAAACUCAGUUUUGACCUGAAAUAAACUCAGUUUUGACUUGAAAUAAACUCAGUUUUGACCUGAAAUAAACUCAGUUUUGACCUGAAAUAAACUCAGUUUGGACUUGAAAUAAACUCAGUUUUGACCUGAAAUAAACUCAGUUUUGACCUGAAAUAAACUAAGUUUUGACCUGAGUAAAAACUCAGUUUUGACCUGAAAUAAACUCAGUUUUGACCUGAAAUAAACUCAGUUUUGACCUGAAAUGAACUCAGUUUUGACCUGAAAUAAACUCAGUUUUGACCUGAAAUAAACUCAGUUUUGACUUGAAAUAAACUCAGUUUUGACCUGAAAUAAACUUUAUGACUCUCUUUGACAUUAAAAAUGCUUACAUUUCCAUUUGACCUGGACAAUGCUUAAUAAUUCAAUUUAAUCUUGACAAUGCUUAAUGAUUCUAUUUAAUCUGGACAAUGCUUAAUGAUUCUAUUUAAUCUGGACAAUGCUUAAUGAUUCUAUUUAAUCUGGACAAUGCUUAAUAAUUCAAUUUAAUCUGGUAAUCUGGAAAAUGCUUAAUGAUUCUAUUUAAUCUGGACAAUGCUUAAUGAUUGAAUUUAAUCUGGUAAUCUGGACAAUGCUUAAUGAUGCAAUUUCAUCUGGACAAUGCUUAAUGGUUCUAUUUAAUCUGGACAAUGCUUAAUGAUUCUAUUUAAUCUGGACAAUGCUUAAUGAUUCUAUUUAAUCUGGUAAUCUGGACAAUGCUUAAUGAUUCAAUUUAAUCUGGACAAUGCUUAAUGAUUCUAUUUAAUCUGGACAAUGCUUAAUGAUUCUAUUU